AUGGGUUUACAACACCAGCUGAACGACGUGUCUUCUGAAUCGAUCCCGUUACUCCUCAUAGCACUCAUAGCCAACUUUGUUGCCUGCCUUCGCUCUUUCUUUUUCAGCGUUUUCCACUCUGUUGGCCUUCACCGAUUGGACCAGGCCCACGUGAUGGAUGAUGGGCUGUUGGGCUCAAUUGGCUCUGGCUUUGCCGGCCUGAUCAUGCUCGCCGAGCAGCGUAAAAUCAACGGGGUUUUUGCGUACAAGUAUGGUUGCGGUGGUGAUAGUAAUAGAAAUGAUAAGGGAGGAUCGGAUUGUGUGGUGUGCUUGUGCACCCUACGAGAUGGGGACCAGGUGAGGAAGCUUGAUUGCUGCCACGUGUUCCAUAAGGAGUGCUUUGAUGGGUGGCUUGAUCAUCUCAAUUUCAAUUGCCCUCUUUGUCGGCGGCCGCUUGUGUCCGAUGAGCGCGUAACAGCAACGCGGAGGCGCGUGGGGGAGGGUUUAGUGGAUUGGUUCUCUGUGAGGUGA